AAAACAUACACGAAAACAAAAUCUGAGUUAAUACUUACCGGAAAUGAUACAUGAUAUUUUUAAAUAUAUGAAAAUUAAGUAUUUGAGCAAAGAUUCGCAUUUCGUUUGGUUGGCCUUGGCUUACCCGAUUGGACUUGGACUGUGGACGUUGUCGUUUGUCUAAACCUGGUGCCAGUGGUGCUCGGUGACAGUGGUCAGUGUGGACUUGAAAUUGUGGUGGCUUGUCUCGAUGGGCCUUGCUUUCAGUCUCCUGAUUUGGACUCAAAGUUUGAUUAAUCAGACGGUGGCCUUUUUUUUUUACUUGACUUAAGACUUUAAAAUAUUUAAUUAAUCAUCCUCAUCUGUUUUACUCUGUUGUAAGUGUAAGUUAGUCUUUUAAGUUACACAUUCACUGUUAAUUUAAUUAGGGACUUUGGUAUUGCCUGGAAACAGCCAAAAAACAGUUAUUGUAAUUUCGUUUCGAAAUUGCAGCCUCCAAUUUUUAAUUUACUGAGGGCCGAGGCUAUAGUUUUUGUUUCACAUUUUUAGUUGAUUUUUAGUUAAUAAUAAUUAAUAAUAACGAAGUGGUUAUUCGCACCCAGGUACUAGAAGUGAGAGGUUGGGAUUAAAAAACUAUUUAAAAUAAAAUAUUAUUGUCAAUAUUGCUGGGUUUGUAGACAAAAUGAGGUAUCAAAUGAAAGAUAAUUGAAUGUACUAUAUUCAUUAUAUUAUAUGUUUGUAAACUUACUUCUUCAGUUUAACUAAAAUAAACUAUCACAAAUGACAUCCAAAUAGCAUUUAGUCAAAAUGGCCCUGGAUAUGCAGUGCCGCCAUUUGCACCUGGGUCCCAACGGUUCUCAACCUGUGGGUCGCGACCCCUUUUGGGGUUUGCACAACCCCUUUUGGGGCUACACGACCCCUUUUGGGGUUACACGACCCCUUUUGGGGUUACACGACCCCUUUUGGGGUUACACGACCAUUUCACAGGGGUGGCCUAGGACCAUCUGGAAACAUAUAUACUCUACAGUUAUAAAGUAUCAACUGAAAAUAAUUGUGUGGCGGGUGGUCGCCACAACAUGAGGAACUGAAUUAAAGGGUCGCGGCACUAGAAAGGUUGAGAACCACUGCAUUAGACCAAUGCCAUUUGGAUGUUGUUGAAAUUAAAAAUAUUUAAAUUAACAUGUUUUGUUUAAAAAUAAGCUCAAUCAUAAAAGAACCUGCCCAUUAAGAUUAUAAGUUCAUUUAUAACUUGUCCAAAAUUCAUGAGUGCAGACCAUAUGCAGGCAUCGACAAAAAUCAAAGAGGUCUGCAUAUUACCUAUUAUGGAUCCCAGCAGUGGUGUAGUUAAUAAUUCAUUAAAUUGUUUAUCCAGAAAAUAAAUGGGAAAUAUAACUUAUUUAAAAAUAAAUUAUUUUAAAUAAAUAGAAAAGGAUUUAUUACAUAAAAAAAUAUUAUUGGCUCAUGAAAUAUCAAUGUGAUUUUAAUUUUAGUGUUGGUUGCCAUGGACUUGGGAUAAGUGGUAAUCAGUCACUUGUCUGACUUAGAUAAACCUACUAAAAGAAUUAUGAUAGUAAUAAAACUAAUAUAAAUGAUUUGGUUAGUGGGACAAAUAGCCUUUAUUACAGCUAAUAGAUAUAUAUUAAUUAUAUAUAUAUACAUAUUUAGUCUCUCUCUCUCUAAAUUAUAUAUAUAUAUUUAAAGUUGCAUUAAUAUAAAGCAUACACCAUUUUUCUAUUUACAUCUAAGCAAUUUUAUCACCUAUUUUUCAGUUGCUCCAUUCUUCUACUGAAACUUUCAAUAAGCCAAAGUUCUUUUGGCUGAGGAAGGCUCUUGGCCAACUUACUGGUCGUGCUGUUACAUCUUUUCUCAAGCUCUCUCUCAAACUGUGUGCUUCAUAUUCCCUACUUACAGCCUUAUUGCAGCCCCCAUUAUUCUAAGUUAUGGUUAGUCAAUUUAAAAUGCAGUUAGAAAUUCAUAUCUGGGUAAUGAUGCAGUUUGGGUCUUUUUCAAGUAUUUUGAAUAAAAUGGCAGAGUUGGCAAUGUUUUCAUAUUUUUUACAUAAACAAAAUUUAAUUAUUGACAUGACAACCUUUCAAUAAACUUUGUUAAAAUAUCAGUCUGAGAAGCGCUUGUUAAACCAACCUAUGUUGCUCUGUCAGGAUUUGUGUACAUAGGCAUUCAACAAAGAUGCUUUACGAGGCAUUGAAAUACUCAAAACGUACCCAUAAUCUUAGAGUUUACCCAGAAUCUUUAAAUAGUUUGCUACUUUUCACUGAUCAGUGAUAAUGAUAACUAUAUAGGAAUUCAUGUCUUAUUCAUGCUCAUACUGGUGUUAUAAUUAUUUUUAUAUCUUAAUUUAAUUCUUACUUUGAUAAUUAAGUAAAUUCAGUAAACUUAAUCAUGCCAUAUGAAUCACCGUUCAUAUGAAACAAAGACACCAUUUUUGUAUAAUUGUGAAGUCAGUAGAGUCUGUGCAAGCAUGCUUAUUGUUAUUUGAGCAUGACUUUAACCGAUAUCUGCAUUCUUCCUCUAUAAACUUUACCUACACAUAGCCAAAGGUAUAAAGACGACCGAUCCACCCCAAAUAAUUAUUUCAUUUUAAUGUUUUAAUCUUAUAGAAGUCUACUUUCUUAAUGAACAAAAUUUACAAAAUAAAAAAAUCAUACAUUUUAGAUAUUUUUCCAAAAAAGUUAGAUCAUUUUUGGAUCUAGAAUAAUUGAAUUUAAAAAUUGUAAGAAGUAAAAAAAAAUAAUUCUUUGUUAUGUCUUAUAGACUGUUUUAGAUCUGUUGAAAAAUGUCAUUGAAAGAAAUGAGAGAAGAGUUAACCUGCCCUAUUUGUAUGGAGCUAUUCACACAGCCACGAAGAUUACCCUGUGGUCAUUCUUACUGUCAUCUGUGCAUCAAGGCUAUUUUAGAUAAGAAAGCUGAAGAGAGUGGGUAA